AUGGAUUUCAUGUUUCUCAAGAAGUUUACACUCCUCUUUCUCCUCAUUUCUGGAUCACUUUUAUCAACUUCUUCUGCAGGUCGAGAAUCAAAGUUCAUGAGAAUCUCAUAUCAAGAUAUGAAUUCAGCAAAAGAGGUAGCAACAAUGAAGGCAAUGGAUGAGGAAGAAGUAAGCAUUAUCCAUGAGAGGCUUCUUAGGGCUAAUACAAAAGAUUAUGGACGAUAUGAUCCAACUCCAACUUUUUCUAAGCCUCCUUACAAGCUCAUACCAAAUUGA